AUGUUUCGAUUCUGGACAUCCGAAUCACGGGGAAGCGACGAGACGCUACAGGCACCACAACCGAUCACUGAUCUUGUAAAGCCACUACAGUCGUGCUUGUUGCCAAACACAACAACAAUAGCGUCACCCGGCGCGCAGCCCCCCAAAAGGAGGCGGUUAAGCACUGACGACCAUGAUGAGUUGUCAGGAGUGAACAUGCCGAUCAAGCGCACAAAAACAGACCAGGACGUUGUGGGUAACAUUUCUUCGGCAACCGACGCAAAAGUGCAAGAAGGUGCCACAACCCCAAGUUUGGACAAUGCUCGGGACGAGAUUCGCCACCAAUUUGGCCUUGAGAUUUUGCUAAAGCAUGAUGAACUUCGACUCAUUAACCAGGAACUCGCCAAGUGCCAGGUUGCUCUGGAGCAGUUGCGUCGUUGUCAUCUCAUUCCUUUCCCCGUGAAUUGCCCAACCCCUGAACAGAUGUUGAACGUAAGCGCCGGAAAGGGCCCUGCUAUUCAGUCACGUCCAGGGGAAUCUGUACCCAGAUGGGCACCCCCGUUUGGUGUUGUCGAUGGCCCAUAUGCCAGACAUUAUGCCAAGUGGCUCAUUCCUGAUCCUUCCUUUGACGGCAUUCAGCCUGAGUGGCAGUUUACUCCGGAAGCCACACGCGCAAGAGCUUCGUUUGCUGAAGGGCGCACGACAAGGAAUAGUCUCACCGACACUGGGAGUACUCUCAAGAGUCGCUCAGCCCGAGGAGUGGGUAGUCAAAAGCUGCACUCCUUGUCGAGCGGCUAUCCGCAGCCCAAGGACAAGGCUGGCCCAUGCAUAUUGAAGCGAGCUGAUGGGCAGACAGUCAAACUGGUUUGUCUUGAUUGCAAUCGUGAGAAUUUUUCAAGCACUCAAGGAUUCAUCAAUCACUGCCGUAUCGCUCAUAAGCGAGAUUUCAAGAGCCACGAGGAAGCAGCUGUGCAAAGUGGUCACCCCAUCGAAGUUGCAGAAGGAGGAGCGGCUGGGGAAGAAUCAGCGUCGGUACCGACUGUACCAGCUCCAACCUCCGUCUCUUCCUCUAUCUCGACUUCUGUGCAUCCUUUUGCUCGUCCUGACAUGACUGAACAGCAGGCAUACGUCGCUCUCAGGUCAAGAAUUGAAGAUUCUUUGAAGCUUUAUCGUCAAGGCAAGCUGCCUGGCGUGACUCGUAUUCCUUCAUUGCCUGACAAAGCCCGCCAGCGCGCAGUGGAAAUGACUGGGUCGGUUAGUGGAACUUCCGAAACUCCCCAUCUCUCACGGCUGCUACAAAGUCGGAAGUUCGACGGUAAUCUGAGUGAACUGGUCGCAGAUGCGAAAACCAAGAUUCCUCUGGAUGAUAUGGCUUCCAGUGAGGAGUCAGAGCUUGCUGAGACACCCACUGAGGGCGAUGAGCUGAAGGACACUUCUGCUGUACGAACUCCUAUCGUCAGGCGCGUACCGGCAAAGGCUACCAAGUCACCGGCUACUGUGGACACAUCAGUCCAUUUAGCCAGUAGCAAGGGCCGUGCGCCUUCAUCUGCCUUCCAAGCACCUGCGAACAGCGGCUCGCAUGAUGCAAACUCUGUGCUUUCAGAUGACGAUCUUGACAUGGAGGAUGUUGAUAUGAGUCCUAAUACUAUGGUCAGCAACAACGCACCUUCGCUGGUUAGCGACGAUGGUGAUUACGACGAUACAGAUGACGGGUCCUCUGUCUCUGGCGUUAGUGACAAUCUCGAGACCGAAUCCGUAUCGGAUGUGGCAGAGAUUACACUGGACGACGAUCAAGAUUCCCGCUCAUUGCGUCGGGAAUCAAGCGGUGUAUCAGGUGCUGUGAGACUUCGUAAGGACGACACUAAACAUGUCACCCUCAUGACUCCCGUCAAGAACAAUACUAGGGAACGGCGGCCACGCCAAGUCUGA